CCUCCUCCUUGGCUGCCUCUCGCGAGAGAGAGGAGGAGCUGCUGCUUGGCUGCUGGCUGGCCAUUAAGGCAAAGGAGGAGGGAGGCAUCCCUGGAGCUCCAUCUCUGCCUCUGGCUCCUUCUGCGGAACGAGCCAGUGUAGUAUCAUGGCUUGAAUAUUGGAGGUCGGCCAGGAGGAUCGAAGCUUGCAGCCUCUGAACUUACCUUGGGACAGCGACUAUCUCUUCGCUAUUGCUCAGCGGUUGGAGGCCACAUGUUUGGCAAGCAGAUUCCAGAAUCCUGACUGUGCCACAAAGAGCCAUGUUGGCUUUCAGCUUUUUCCGCUCCGGCUGGAGGUAAGCUCAGCAUGGAGUAGCUCAUGGCAUCGCAUGCCAGGAUGACCAAAGCACGGCUCUUCCGCCUUUCGGUGGUGGUGGGCUCCCUCUUCAUGAUCCUCCUGAUCAUUGUGUAUUGGGACAACGUGGGCACAGCUCACCUCUACCUCCAUACCACCCUUUCGAGGCCUCAUGGGGUGCUCCCCACCGUUGUACAAGGGGACAGGCAGGACUCUUUGUCGGAGGUGGAUGAAUUCUUGGAGAAGCUCUUGAACUCUGACUUGAAACAGAGCUUGGCCAAGCUCAGUCGAAGGACAGAGCCGCCUCCUUUGCAUGUUUCUGUCCGGCCCGCCGUAGACAACUUGGAGGAGAAUGUCAGAGGCUACGACUGGUCCACCCGGGAUGCCAGCCAGAUCCUAGACCAAGAGAAGCUUCAGGCUGAGAGGCGGAGGACCUUGCGGGAGUUAUGUGCCAAUUCUAGCUUCACCUUCCCAACCAAGGAGCGGUCGUUCGACGACAUCCCCAACUACGAGCUCAACCACCUCAUUGUGGAUGACCGCCAUGGGGUCAUCUACUGCUACGUCCCCAAAGUGGCCUGCACCAAUUGGAAGCGGGUGAUGAUUGUGCUGAGCGAGAGCUUGAUGGACCAAGGCAUCCCUUAUGCUGACCCCUUGGACAUUCCCCGGGAGCAUGUCCACAACACCAGCACCCACUUCACCUUCAACAAGUUCUGGCGCCGCUACGGCAAGUUCUCCCGGCACCUCAUGAAGAUCAAGCUGAAAAAGUACACCAAGUUCCUCUUCGUCCGAGACCCCUUUGUCCGGCUCAUUUCGGCCUUCCGCAGCAAAUUUGAGCUGGAGAAUGAGGAAUUCUACCGACGCUUCGCUGUCCCCAUGCUGAAGCUUUACUCAAACUAUACCAGCCUCCCGACUUCGGUGAGUCAGGCCUUUGAGUCAGGCCUCCGGGUCUCCUUCUCAGAUUUCAUCCAGUACUUGCUGGACCCACGGACAGAGAAAAUGGCCCCUUUCAACGAACACUGGAGGCAGGUCUACCGCUUGUGCCACCCCUGCCAGAUAGAAUAUGACUUUGUUGGCAAACUGGAGACGUUGGAUGAAGACGCGGCCCACCUCCUGCAACUCCUCAAGGUGGACCAUCUCCUCCGUUUUCCUCCUAGCUAUCGGAACAGGACAGCCAGCAGCUGGGAGGAGGACUGGUUUGCCAAAAUCCCAUUGGCAUGGAGACAACAGUUGUACAAGUUGUAUGAGGCCGACUUUGUCCUCUUUGGAUAUCCCAAGCCAGAAAACUUGCUUAACAAUUGAAGAAGAUGGAGCUGGGGAUGA